AUGGCAUUUUGGCAGCUCUCAUGUGCGGCUCUUCUUGCCCUGGCGGCAGCACAACCAGGACCAAAAAUGGUCGACGAAACCACCCGCUGGAGCCAAUGCAGAGAUACCAACCAAUCUAUCUACGACUUCCAGGUCGAGACUCUCCAAGGAGAAUACACGGAUCUCAGCCAGUACCGCGGACAGGUGCUUCUGAUGGUCAACGUUGCCACUUUCUGCGCCUACACUCAACAGUACACUGAUUUCAACCCUCUGAUCGAAAAGUAUCAGUCACAGGGAUUCACGCUUAUUGCCUUCCCAUGCAAUCAGUUCUACUUGCAAGAGCCAGCUGAGAACCACGAGCUCAUGAACGGAAUCAUGUACGUGCGCCCUGGAAACGGAUGGAAGCCACACCAGAACUUGCACAUCUAUGGAAAAUUGGAGACCAAUGGAGACAACCAACAUCCAAUCUACGAAUUCGUCAAGGAGUCUUGCCCACAAACUGUUGACAAAAUCGGAAAGACCGACGAAUUGAUGUACAACCCAGUUCGCGCAUCUGACAUCACAUGGAACUUUGAGAAGUUCCUCAUUGAUAGAAAUGGACAGCCACGAUUCCGUUUCCAUCCAACUGCCUGGAGCCACGGAGACGUUGUCACCCCAUUCAUUGAGCAACUUCUUGCUGAGCCAGCCAACUAA